CGCCAAUCGUCGAAAUACCCUUCCCAGAGCGAUGUCGAGUCAUGUUAUUUCUCCCAAUAGUUGCACUAGUAACGCUUUGGGUGUAUGACUACAUACUAUGCCUGCCCGACGCGAUCACCUUUCUCGCCGACUCUCGAUGGGGGCUCAGCACAUUUCUGUAUCUAACUUGCAGCCACUUGCCACCUGUCUUCAUGUUGUUGAAUAUGCUCGGUGAGUGUCCGCUUUGCCGCUCUUAUAAUAUCGCUAAUACCUAUGUAGGGACGGUGUUGAUGAUUUGUGCUGAAUGUAUCUUCGCGGUCAGAGCAUAUGCAGUGUGGGAACGAGGGAGAUGGUUCGCGGCGGUGGAGAUUUUUGCUGUUUUUGCCUAUGUAGCGUCGAUUACUGUCAGCCUGCAACAAUUUAACUCGAGAGUCUCAGAACCAUGCUGGAUCCCUGGCAUUAGCGGAUAUCUUGAUACGGAGACAAGCACCAGAAUAUAUGUAGCGUUUGGCUUGCUAGCUGUCGCCGAGUUACAAACAUUAUUGCUUCUGUUGUAUCGCGUCAGCAAAGACCGUGGUGGCUGGGGCAUCGACAACCGUCUUAUGCGUGGUCUGAUGAAAGAUAAUCUGCUGUACUGUGGCUCCGGCUUUGCCUUUUCUGUCAGCGUCAUUCUCACCACAAUUUUCGUUCCAUUUCCAGUUGGACACAUGCUAGCAGAGUGUCAAGUUGUUGUUCAAGCUCUCUUGGUCACGCGAAUGCAUAGGGGCUUCUGGGGAUCGGACCGUGCCUUUGGCGUUAUUGCCACAGAUAUCUCUCUCACAACAUGGAUGGUGGGAGCUCUAGAUUUUACGUGACGACGAAUUUGCUGCUUGGAGCGUACCUAUCCGUAACUUAUGGAUGUGACCAUUGCACACGCCCUCAUACAGGCUCGGGCCAAAAAUGAAUGGACAAUAUCCAUAAACAAGUCGAGUUAAACAUGUACUGCAACAUGUGGUGUAGAUAUUUUUGUUAUAUUCACGAGACUGCAACACCUCAUAAUUCAGUGCGCCAGAUCUGGUACGGUCACGGCGCAGCGGCUAGAAUCCCUGUUUACAGGUAUAUAUAAUGUAACCCACUAGUUGUAGCCCGUCCUCGUUAAAUAAAACACCCGCUUCCUCCU